AAUGUUCAGUGAGACUACACCAUAUUGCAAUAUUGCUUCGAUGAAUUUCAUAUCUACAUAUCGUAUUAAUGGAUAUAUAACGUAGAUCGAGUAGAGUUUCCAUCAUGGCUGACACAUUAAAAAAUGUCAUCUCCCAGAGUACAGAGUGUCCUGUAUGUCUUUCUACCUUCACUGAUCCCAAGAUCCUGUCUUGUUCUCACACCUUCUGCAAGACCUGUCUGGACAACCUCUUGGAGUGCCAUGGUAAUCACCAGAUCCGAUGCCCUGUCUGCAGAGCUGUAACCCAAGUCCCAGACCACGAUGUCAGCAAACUACAGGUAAAUCUUGCUUUGAAGAAUCUAAUAGAGGACAUGAAGUAUCAUCCUCAGAUUUGCAUGAGUUGUAAAUACGAUGACAAGUCUAGUGCUGCUGUCUACUGCCAAGACUGUGGCAAGUAUCUCUGCACCACUUGCCUCAACGCCCACUCUCAAUGGGGUGACUUCAUUGAUCAUGAAGUCAUAGCCAUGAGUGAGAUCUCAUCAGGGAAGGUGACGAUACGUAGAUACCGGAAAUGCAGGAAACACCAGAGAGAAGACGAAGAGUGCUUCUGUUCCAAUUGCAGGAGAUUCACAUGCUUUAGAUGUGUUGUCAUGGCACAUACGGGGGGAGAACACCAAGUCAUGGAGGCAGCUGCUUAUGAGAACAUACACCGGGAGAGCAUCGAAGACAUAAAAUCAAAGGUGGAUGAGAAGGAAACAUACUUCAAGAAGUACUUAAAUUUCAUCGAUGAACAGAGGAAACUUGUUGCCAAUGCUAAGAAAGGGUGUAUAGAUGAUAUCAACAAGGCUUACGAUGAUGCAGUCCGACAGAUGACAGAGAGAAGAGACACCCUGCUUGGAGAAGUUACGGAAAUGACCGAACGAGUAGAGAAAGAACUGGAAGAGAUGAAGACAUCGGCUCAGAAGUACAUCAAUCAGUUGACGACCAUUGCUGACAUGGUAACCAACAGAACAAACAUACCGUUCGAUAUGGAUACUUUGGCUGCACACGACACUCUCUGUGACGAGAUACAAGAGGCCUUUGAUCAAGAGGAUCCUGACUACGAGAAGCCCAGGAAAUCAAGCAAGAAAGGGAAAAGUGUCGGUUUUGAGAGAAACGUUCGAAAGGACGAGCUAGACUUCGGUAAGAUUGUUAACGUAGUUGCAAAGGACGUCGCACUGCCUACUAAGGAUAGCAUGAAUGUCAUGGUUAGUACUCCAGACGGUAGGAUGGCAGUAGGAUGUGUGAAAGGUGGCAUCAACAUCUUCUUUCCUGACGCCAAAUUCCAACAGACAGUUCUCAAGGAUGUCAAGAUAUAUGGGGUAGGGUUCCUCUCUGACGGUCGAUGGAUUGUGAUCGAUUAUGAAGACGAUAUCACACUCUACACACCAGAAUACGUAAAAUUGAAUGUAAUGUUUGAGUCUUUGGGUGUAGAUGAAGGCGGGAUUUCUAAUCUCACUGUUGGUGGUGAUGAUCUGAUCUAUGUGAGUUACAGAAAAGCCCCCAAAAUCCUUGUAUUUUCAGCAGCAGGUGGGCAAGCAGUCAGGGAGAUACCAUGCACUGGAUAUACGCCUGAGCAAAUCACUAGUUACCAUGGCUUUCUUCUCGUUAACAUAGUGGAUACUCUACGAUUGAUAGACAAUGAAGGUGUUGUACAACAUACAUUAACGAAACCUGGUAGUUCCAUUUAUGCUGCUGUAUCUCAAGGUAAUCUAAUCCUGGUAGCCACGGUGAAGCAUGAUGAAGGAUUGGUGAGUAUUGACGAGUACAACAAUAAGCUGACACACAUACGAAACCUUGUUAAUGAGUACAAGAUCGAAAAGCCUCAUAAGAGAAAUUGGUAUUAUCUCCAGCAAUACCGAUCAGGCGAUAUCGCUUUCUGCACCCCGGACAGACUCUAUAUAUUCCACUGAUAAUAAUGGAUCAAAUUUGAUACACUUUACAGUGUUACGGUAUCUAAAUAUCUCGAGGAAGGGUGGGGGAGAUGAUGUUUACUGAACUGCUUCUUUGUCUGUCAUGGGUUACGUUUUGUUCAUUUAAAUACUAUAUUUAUUUUCUAUUAAACAAAGUCCCGCAUUACGAGUCAUUUCAGUCUUUGAAAACAUGUAAAAUGGAAUUUGUGUAAUUGCAAUUACUGAAAUAUGGUUAAGCUCGUCAAUAAAUGAGGGAGAAGUUUUAUCGAUGGAUAUUUUGUUUUGAUCUGAGGUAGUGUAGAUAAACAUAGUGAUGGAGCCUUCCUUUACAUUAGAAAUGAAAUACUGCAUAAACCUCAGAGAAGAUCUUGCACUAGAUUGAAUGGUAUCGAAUCGUUAUGGAUUGACAUUCAUUUCAUCACACCAUAGAGUCUAUUACGUUAAGUGACGUCUACAGGCCAGAGACAAUUAUUCUGUUGAUUCUAUCCCUGGUAUUACUAAUGGAGCGACACAAGCCUCUUCUUCAUUAAUAGACUGUGUCAUAAAUAUUAAUCAAGAUCGUAUUUGUCAAAGUAAUUUUUUUAAUUGGCCUUAGUUGUCAGUUCUUUAACCUUUUGCUCAAGAAAGAGAUCUGUAUCAGUUGGGAUUGGGCUGUUAUAAUGUAAAUAAAUAUAUACAUGGAUACUGCGGUGUCAAACUUAAAAGACACAUUUUCCUAACAGUAGUCGUUAUUGUUCAACUUUAAAACAAGAGUUGGAUGAAUGACGAAAUUAUUAUCUUAAUAAGAGAAUGUAGGUAUAC